AUGGGCUUCAAGUAUCGCGUCCGAAAAAUCAGAGCCAAGGUUGCAGGCACCACCCACUGGCACCAGUUCAACUCUAGCACUGCCUCCACUACGGCGACUUCUGAUCUACAGAUCUCGAUUCAGAAGCCUGUGGCUAACACUCGAAUUCCAAAUGCAGAAAUCCUUAUCAGAAGCUUUGAAGAUGACAUCAACGAUACAUUGGAGCAUGAGGCUACUAUCGCACAAGGCAAAGGGAAAUCCAAGGUUGCCUCCAUAUUUGAUGACAACUCGGACUUCAACGAGCCUAUAGCUCCAGUAGCGCAUGAGUCAGAUGAUGAUCUUGCAACUUCGCCCACAGAACGUGAACAGUACUCACUUGAGCCUAAGGCUCCAUUUACACAGGUGGACAACCCUCUCAAGCGGAAAGCUUGUGUGGAUGAGUUCAUAGAUGACAACGAGGAGUCUGUGGUGUCCGACUGGUCCAUGGACAUUGAAGGCCCAGAUCUUGAAGAUGCGAUUGAAAAUUCUGAGGACGCUUCUGAGCCUGAACCUGCGGUAGUGAAGAAGAAGGUUCAGUGUACAACAUCUUCGACAUCUGUAUCUGUUGUGGCUUCUGUCACUGACAGCAAGCUGCCUCCUCAGAAAAAGGUCAAAGUCAAGCCAUCCGCCGCACGUGCCCAUGGUGCUCCUGCCAUCAUACACCAGCUGAACGUGGAUACUACGCCAGACCACAUGAAACCUUGUAGCUCCUAUCGCAAUGUUGACUUACCUGCCACGAUGCAGGUGGACCAAUGCUGGACAAAGAAAUAUCUUUCCACUGUCAUGUUGUGGGCUGGGAGUUACGACGAUAUCUGGAAUAUCCCAGAUGAAGUCCUUCUCCUUCAUGCCCAGCUGAUUUUUAACGCGGUAUACAAGGACCUCGACAUUACCAUUGUUCACGGUGGUGUGAUACAUUCCCUGACUGCACAGCAUAUAUCCAAAUGGCGCAGCAAUUUCGGCUCAACAGGCAUAGUCAUUAUCCUGGACUUCUUGACACAAAACUCCGAUUGCGAUCCAGUUCAACUCGCCAAAUCGUUGAUUGCAGGUUAUGCAUUCUUGUUUGAGGACCCUGAAAUGCCAAGUCCCCUCACAACAUAUCGUUCUCCCUUUGUUUUGCAGUUGUUAGGCACAGCGCAUCUCAAUGCCAUCAAUGGGUAUGUGGAGGUUCCCAGACUCAAUACGCAUGCACUCGCGACACAUGGGAUGUUGGGUGUUAUUGCCCUUUCUGCUGCAGCAAUUGAGCGUGCCUUCAAAUUGUUUGCGGAUAAGGAUUUGGAAGUCAAGCAAGUCUUGCUACCAAAAGUCCUCAACAAAACUACUGGGAAGAUGACCAAUGCCCCGUUCUUAUUUUCAGGGGCUCGCUGGACUAAAGUCACUACCUCAUUCAUUAAGUCUAUCGCAAGCAAGCCUGCUGGGUAUGUAGAGACCACGGUAGAGAUGGCACGUACUUGUGCUGCCUUAAACGAUGUGAUGGACACACCACAUGGCUCGCUUGAUGAUGAGGAGUCUGAGGAUGAUGAGCGUGCCAUGCUUUGUUUCAUCCCACUGACAUUCAUGACUACAGGAUUUUUCUUCGCACGAAUAUCGCUGUCCUAUGCUGAACUCUGA